CUGGCGGGGCCUUUGUCUCGCUCCAGCCAGAGCUCAGGGUCCAUCUUCGUUGCUUAGUAUCCUUUGCGCUAGGAGGUCUCGGUGACUCUGUCGCAGCCUCUGUCACCCUCUGACCUGCAGAUGCUGUGAGAUCCAGAGCUAAGACUCCGGGACAUCCCGGAAGCCGAAAAAUGGAGCUGUUGACAUUCAGGGAUGUGACCAUAGAAUUCUCUUUGGAGGAGUGGGAGUUUCUGAAACCUGCUCAGCAGAAUUUGUAUAGGAAAGUGAUGCUAGAGAACUACAGAAACCUGGUCUCUCUGGGUCUGACUGUUUCUAAGCCAGAACUGAUUAGCUGUCUGGAGCAAAGACAGGAGCCCUGGAAUGUGAAGAGACGUGAGACCAUAGCUAAACCCUCAGCUGUGUCUUCUCAUUGCACUGAAGACUUUUUGCCAGAACAGGGCAUGAAAGAUUCAUUCCAAAAGGUGAUACUGAGAAGAUAUGGAAGCUGUGGACUUGAGGAUUUACACUUAAGGAAAGAUGGGGAAAAUGUGGGUGAGUGUAAGGAUCAAAAAGAAAUUUAUAAUGGACUUAACCAGUGUUUGUCAACUCUACCUAGCAAAAUUUUCCCAUAUAAUAAAUGUGUGAAAGUCUUUAGUAAAUCGUCAAGUCUAAAGAGACAAAGCAUAAGACAUACUACAGAGAAACUUUUCAAAUGUGUACAAUGUGGCAAAGUCUUUAAAUCUCACUCAGGCCUUUCUUAUCAUAAGAUAAUUCAUACUGAAGAGAAACUCUACAUAUGUGAGGAAUGUGGUAAAACCUUUAAAUGGUUCUCAUACCUUACUAAACAUAAGAGGAUUCACACUGGAGAGAAACCAUACAAAUGUGAAGAAUGUGGCAAAGCUUUUAACUGGUGCUCGACCCUUACUAAACAUAAGAGAAUCCAUACUGGUGAGAAACCCUACAGAUGUGAAGAAUGUGGAAAAGCCUUUCACUGGUGUUCGCCCUUUGUUAGACAUAAGAAAAUUCAUACUGGAGAAAAACCCUAUACAUGUGAAGAAUGUGGCAGAGCGUUUAACCGGCACUCACAUCUCACCAAACAUAAGACGAUUCACACUGGAAAGAAACCCUACAAAUGUAAAGAAUGUGGGAAAGCCUUCAACCACUGCUCCCUACUUACUGUACAUGAGAGAACCCACACGGGAGAGAAACCCUAUAAAUGUGAAGAAUGUGGCAAAGCUUUUAACUCAUCAUCAAUUCUUACUGAACAUAAGGUAAUUCAUAGCGGAGAGAAACCCUACAAAUGUGAAAAAUGCGACAAAGUCUUUAAGAGGUUCUCAUACCUUACUAAACACAAGAGAAUUCACACUGGAGAGAAACCCUACAAAUGUGAAGAAUGUGGCAAAGCUUUUAACUGGUCCUCAAUCCUUACUGAACAUAAGAGAAUUCAUACUGGAGAGAAACCCUACAACUGUGAAGAAUGUGGCAAAGCCUUUAAUCGGUGCUCACACCUUACUAGACAUAAGAAAAUUCAUACUGCCAUCAAACAUUAUAAAUGUGAAGAAUGUGGCAAAGCUUUUAAACGAUGCUCACAUCUUAAUGAACAUAAGAGAGUUCAAAGAAGAGAGAAAUCCUGCAAGUAUAAAAAAUGUGGGGAAGCUUUUACUCACUGCUCAAACCUUACUACGUAAGAAUUUUUACUAUCGAGAAAUCCUACAAAUAUAAGGAAUGUGGCAAAGUCCUUAAAUCUUGCUCAAGCCAUUGAAGUCACAAGAUAAUUCAUACUGAAGAGAAACACUACAAAUGUGAAGAAUAUGGGAAUGUCUUCAACCACUGCUCAUACUUUAUUGCACAUAAGAAAAUUCAUACUGAGAAAAAUUCUGAUUUUAAAGAAUGUGGCAAAGUGUUUAAUAACUAUGAGCG